CGUGAUUACUCUGCUUAUUGUCUAGGGGCUGUUAAGUUGAGUAAUUUGGAAGACUUGGAUUGGAUGGGUAAAAAGAAUCGAUCUACUCUUUGGUUAUUCACGCUAACUCACUCAGCUGUGUUUUUAUCAGUAACCAAACACCAACUUCGUAUAACUAUGGCAACUGGCUAAUAAAAGGGUCUUAUACUAUCAACACCAUUCGAGUUGGGCGCAAAAAGAAUCAAAGAAUCUAGCGUGAGGGAAAAAGUUUGAUUUGUCAUCAGUCUUCAGUUGAGAGAGAAGAAAAUGGCGAUCAGUCAGGAUGUGGAAGAGAGUGGGCAAGAAGCAGCAGGACAGCCAUUUUUGCAGGAUGAGAGUAAGUGGACUCACAACAGUGAAGAGCGUCGCCCAUGGAUGGUCUACCUCAGCACUUUGGUGGCUGUUUGUGGCUCCUACGAAUUUGGAACUUGUGCAGGUUAUUCCUCGCCUACUCAGAGUGCUAUCAUAAACGAUCUUCAUCUCUCUUUAGCUGAGUUUUCACUUUUUGGCUCCAUACUGACAUUUGGUGCAAUGAUUGGUGCAAUUACCAGCGGACCUAUUGGAGAUCUCCUUGGCCGGAAAGGGGCAAUGAGAGUUGCUACUGGUGCUUGUGUGGCUGGGUGGCUAGCAAUAUACUUCGCACAGGGAGUAGUGGCUUUGGAUAUUGGACGAUUCGCUACUGGAUAUGGAAUGGGCGUCUUUUCUUAUGUGGUUCCUAUUUUCAUUGCUGAAAUUGCACCUAAGAACCUAAGAGGAGCUCUAACUACCCUCAAUCAGUUCAUGAUUUGCACAGCAGUGUCUAUAUCCUUCAUAAUUGGGAAUGUACUCUCGUGGAGAACUCUAGCAUUGAUUGGACUUGUCCCUUGUGUCAUUCUGACAUUUGGUCUUUUCUUCAUUCCUGAAUCUCCAAGAUGGCUGGCAAAAGAGCGACGACAAAAAGAAUUUGAAACGGCUCUCCAAAAACUUCGUGGUGAGGACGUUGAUGUGUCCCAAGAGGCAGCUGAAAUCCAGGACUUUGUAACAACCCUUGAACAACUCCCAAAACCCAAAGUGACCGAUUUGUUUCAGAGGAUGUACUUGCGCUCAGUCAUUAUUGGAGUUGGAUUAAUGGUUUGCCAACAAUUUGGUGGAAUUAAUGCAAUCUGCUUCUAUGUAGCCAACAUUUUUGAGUCAGCAGGGUUUUCGGUGUUCAUUGGAACUAUAAGCUAUGCUAUUCUUCAGGUCGUAGUAACAGGCAUUGGGGGCCUCUUAAUGGACAAGGCAGGGAGAAAGCCCUUGAUAUUGGUUUCUGCAUCAGGGUUAGUCCUUGGUUGUCUCCUAGACGCAAUUGCUUUUUAUCUGAAGGAGAACAAUCUAGCAAUCCAAGCAGUUCCAUUGUUGACCGUAGCUGGGGUGUUGGUGUAUAUAGGAUCUUUUUCAAUUGGAAUGGGUGCUGUUCCUUGGGUUGUAAUGUCUGAGAUAUUCCCCAUAAACAUUAAAGGACUAGCUGGAAGCAUGGCAACACUAACCAACUGGUUUGGUGCUUGGGCUUGUUCCUAUACUUUUAACUUCCUUAUGGCCUGGAGCUCCUACGGUACCUUCCUUAUUUAUGCAGUGAUCAAUGCAAUGGCUAUAGGAUUCGUGGUGCUGAUAGUGCCUGAGACAAAGGGGAGAUCCCUUGAACAAAUCCAAGCGGCUAUUAAUGGAUAGUUAUAGUACUUCAUUGAAGAGGCAACCAAAGUCAAACCAAAUCAUUCUUGUCAUUUCCAUGACUUUCAUAUCUUGUUCAGUGCUUUCAAACUAAAGUUAGCACAUCGUUUUCAGUGUAUUUAAUUGACAUUGGUUAGAGUUGAGAAAUAAUGUAUGAUCGUAAUUUGUUUGGUGUUA